GCUGAUCACGUCACUUUGUGUUGCCCGCGCUGUUGGUUGUGGGUUGUGGGGCGAUGUUCGAGAAAAGUCUGCAGGAUGUUGUCAAGGGAAUCCGCGCCAACAAACGAGAUCCUUCCGAUUACAUUUCGGCAACAAUCGCGGAGAUCAAAGUGGAGCUCAGGAGCUCGGAUGCCUUCAUCAAAGCGCAAGCGAUUCGUAAGCUGACGUAUCUGCAGAUGCUGGGCUACGACAUGAGUUGGGCGGCAUUCUACGUCAUCGAGGUGAUGACCAUGCCCCGGUUCGCGCACAAGCGAGUCGGAUACCUGGCCGCUAAUCAGUGCUUCACGGAGGACACGGAGGUGGUGCUCCUGUGCACCAACCACCUGCAGAAGGAGUUCAAGUCGCAGAAUCCGUACGAUGUGGGUCUGGCCAUCAACUGUCUGGCUAAUAUCGCCACCCCGGGCUUGUCGCGAGACCUCAUCAGCGACUUGGUGCAGCUCCUCGGGAACCACAAGCCCUACGUUCGCAAGAAGGCGCUGCUUGCGAUGUACAAGCUAUUCAUCAAGUACCCCCAGGGGCUCCGCCUGACGUUCGACCGCAUCAAGGAACGCCUCGAGGACUCGGACAGCAGCGUCGUAAGCUGCGCGGUUAACGUGAUCUGCGAGCUAGCGGACAAGAACCCCAAGAACUACCUGGCCAUGGCCCCGCAGUUCUUCCGGCUCCUCACCACCUCCUCGAACAACUGGAUGCUCAUCAAGGUGGUGAAGCUUUUGGGGUCGCUGGUGCCGGAGGAGCCGCGUCUAGCGAGGAAGCUGCUGGAACCCUUGGCGACUAUCAUUCAGAACACCGCGGCGAAGUCAUUGCUAUACGAGUGCAUCCACACGAUGACGCUGGCCCUGCCGUUCACUAGAAAGGCAGACGGGACGGAGAGCAAGGCCGUCCCCGCGGCGGUGCGGCUGUGCUCGCAGCACCUGAGGAAGUUCACGGAGGACCCGGACCAGAACCUCAAGUAUUUGGGAUUGGUGGGCUUCGUGAACCUGAUGCGAUCUCACCCCAGGGCAGUGGCGGAGCACCGUGCUUUGGUGCUGGCUUGCCUUUCGGAUGAUGACGUCACCAUCAGGACCAGGGCGCUGGAGCUUCUGACCGGCAUGGUCACGAAGCGGAACUUGGAGGACCUCGUGCUCAACCUUCUUCAGCACGUGGCGAGGGCGGAGGGCACCUACCGCGACGAGCUCAUCGCGAAGAUUAUCCUUGUGUGUUCCCGUGACAAGUACGCGUACCUGUCUAACUUCCGAUGGUACACGGGGGUGCUGAUAGACCUGAGUCGAGUCGAGGGCUCCAAGCACGGGGACGCUCUCGCGCUGCAGCUGACGGACGUGUCUCUCAGAGUGGAGGAGGUCCGAGAGUACGCCCUGCACAAGUCGGUCGGCCUUCUGCUCGAGCCCUCGCUCAUUUCGGGUCGGUCGUGUAGCACGAUGAAACAAGUGUUGGGGGCGGCGGCGUGGAUAGUGGGGGAGUACUGCCGGCCGCACCUGGAGACCGUGGCGAGGAAUCACAGGAGGAGGCAGCGGGUGUGGUUUGACAUCAUACAGGCGCUACUCGCGCCAGAGGCCAGCGCGCUCCCGCCCCGCACGCAGGCGGUCUACGUGCAGAACGCCCUCAAGGUGCUAAUCGCCAUGUGCCAGACGUGCCCGGACGAUGGGGAGCUUGGGCGAACGCUGGACAUGGUGCCCGGCCGCCUCCGGGCCCUCAUGCAGUCCCCGCAUAUGGAGGUGCAAGAACGAGCCUCGACGGUGUACCACUUGCUAGUGUCGUACAGCAUCGCCAAGGAAGUGGAGGACAGCGGGGAGGCGUUCCAGCCCGGGGAAGGGGGGACCGCCAAUGGUACCGGUGGUGGGGGGGGGGCGUCGUCGCCGGGGGGCGGUAGCGAUGACGACGAGAAGCUUGCAAAGGAGAUGAAGGGCAAUGGUGCCGCUAAGGGCCAGGCUCCUCCGGUCGUGCUAGACCUCCUGGGGAUGGACUCAAGCCCAUCGGAUGGCGCUGCUGCUGGAGACGGCGGUGGUGCCGAAGCUGUUGCGAACGGCAAGGAAGGGACGGUGGCACCUGGGGCGAUGCUGACCUCAAUGGCGCUUGUUCCGUCUAUGAUGGGGCCCGUAGGGGCGGCGAGAGGGGCAGCCUCUGAGAUGGCCGCCUUGUGCGGAGAGGUGCUCAAGCCGGUGAACCAGCGCGCGCAAGGCAGGGUACCGCCUCCGGACGACGUUGACCUCGAGCAAGCCGUUGACGGGUCAGCGCUCGACCGGCUACUAAGGGUGGAGUACGACGGACCCACAGAUCUGACGCAGCUGUCCUUCACGCAAGUCCGACUUCCCAAGAAGAGCGAGCACGAGGACUACCGGGUGUUCUGCACCGAGAAGGAUGGCCGGGGCAGCGGUAAGCGCGGCAAGAAGUCUUCCCGCAAGCAGAGCAAGAAGUCCUCCCGCAGCCGAAGCGGGUCCCCGGACAACCCGCUCAACGGCGGCGGCAGCGGCAGCGGCAUGCUGAUGCUAGGGGGAGACGACCGGAGCUCGGCCACGACCGGGAGCGUGGGUAGCGGGUCCCCGCUGGCGAACGGAGGGAGGAGGAAGCCUUCGGCCGACGACAGGUACAAGACAGACCCGUUCUACUUGGGGGGGAAGGGCUCGUCCAAGCUUGUGGAGCUUGGAGGAGGAGGAGGAGAGGGCGACGCCGACGGUGGCUACGCACGCGGCGAGACCUCGACGGCGCUGGUGUUGGUGGGCGGAAACGACAGCUUCGACGACGAUUUCGCCGGGGGGCCGAGAGGGUGGGGCAAGGGGCGGAAGGGGAAGAAGGACAAGGGGGGGAAGCGCGGGCGCGGAGCGGGGAGGGACGCGGCGUACGCGGUAGACAAAGUGGAGAUGAUGCCGGCUAGCGCCAUCAUCGACAGCGAAGACGACGACGACGUCGACGAGCCCGCGGGAAGCGGGAGCCGUGGCGGCGUGCAGCGGCGGGUAUCGUCGCGAGGAGGGCGUGAGAGUUUGGCGGCGAUCGACAUUACGACCCCCCUCGAGGAAGACGAGGUCAUGCCCGAGGUCAAGCCGUACGUGCGCCUGACGGCGGAGAUGGCGAAAGGCAGCGAGGACGCCCCUCGCGCCAAGGACGCGAAGAAGAAAAAGAAGAAGAAUAGCAGAGAAGAGGAAGCAACUCCCCAAGGAGAGCGAAGCAGCAAGUCCCGUAAAGCCUCCUCCGACACCAAGAGGAAGCCUUCGAGGAAAGGAGACACAGCCGCAGCGGGCGUGCCUGGCCCCCCCGCCGAGGUCGACCUCAUCGGCUGGGGGGCGGGAGAAACAGGGCCCGGGUUGGCGGCCGCAUCUCCGGAGGUCCCGCCGGCGGCGCCAGCCCCGGCGGGGACGGCGAUGAGAGCGCCGCCCCCGGCGUCGAUGGGGACGUGGGAGAGCGAUCUGUCGGCGAUUUUGUCUGCUGAUGCUCCUCCGGUUGCCGCUGCACCGGUGACGGGGGUAUGGGGCGAUGGCGGUGGUGGUAGUGGUGCUACGAACAAGCAGCUGCUGGAGGACCUGGGGGGGGUGGUGGGCGAUGCUAGGGAUGGUCGUCGAAGAAGCGAUAAAGACAACGCGGAGUCUUCGAAGAAGGGCCACAAGGGCAAGGCGUCCAAGAAGAAGAGUUCCUCCUCUUCCAAGCCUUCCAGCAAGGACAAGAAGAAGAAGAGUAGAGGUUGACUUGAGCCACAAGGGCUUGCUCGGAUAUUCUUGAGGAAAGUGUGUUUUGGCUUGCCUUCGGAGUUGUCGAGGAAAGUUUGUGUUGGAUUCGGAAGAGGUGGGGAGAGCAAGGUGUGUAGCUGGCAGCAGAGUUAUGCCGGCUUGUGGUGGCAGGUGAAUUGAAUGAAGUGCACCCCUUUUGUGGAGAAAGAGUUGAUGGUUUCGUAGCGCGUGGAGGAGUUCUGCUUGCGGUGGCGUUUCUUUCAACGCGAAGUAUUGUAAUGUUGAUGCGCUUUGUGAGCUCAUGUACGACCCCACCCCCCUCCCCCCCCCAAAGUCUGCGUGUCCCUGUUUUUGUUACAUCAGUGACCGAGAGAUUUACUAUUUUAAUACAGGUGCUUAGAACUUGGUUGUGUAUUACGUCGUGACAUGUGUGGUGAAGGUCUGGCAUGAACACACGGGCUGUGAUACAGUACACAUCACUUCGCCAUCUCUCGCGUUGUUUUUCCUCUUUUGUUCGAGGGAAAGAAAAUGUGUUUGUGUCUUCAUUGUUUGCAUCGACCGCGCUAUCCGGCUGACUAAUGAAAAGACGUCAGUCUUAGUGCGGUUGAAAACAUAAAACACUUCUAUCUGUCAUGAACUGGGACCCCGUGGCGGUGAGCGGGCAGCAUGUGUGUGUGUGUGUCUUGAGUUGGCAUUGACCGCGCUGCGCGUUAACCGGCUGGCCAAUGAAAACGCGUCGUCGUCAGUCUUGACAGCGGGAUAAAGAAUGCGAACGAACACGGUUUCAUCAAAGGACUACCGACAGGGAUGUGUGCGUGGAGUGCGUAUGCCAUCACAGCGUUCGGUCGGGGGAGGGGGUACACAGACAGCAGCGGGCUUGCGCAAGCGCUGCGCGUGGUGGGGGUAUGUAACGCGUGUCAGUGGUGAUGAUAUGCUAGCCCAUGCCAUCGCGAGAUGAUGCUCACUGUGUUUUGAGGUCUUGUAUGUUGUUCAUGCUGAUGUCUUCGCCGUCCGUGGGGCCGGAAGGCAGGGAAGGGUAAGAAGAGGGGGGCAUCGGCGGUUACGACGCGCGUAAUACAUGUCAAGCCUUCACCCGUGUUGGUGCCUUCGGAAAUAACAAGAGCCGGUUGGGUGUCCUGUGGCGCACUACGCACACGCAACAGAGGAAGAGAAAAGGUCUGCGUGGUUGAUGAUGUACACCGACCGUUUGGUGUCUGAUAAUCAGGGGAACAUGCGCUGUCCUUUCCUCUUCCCGGGGAAGAGACUCUCGCCCGUUCUAUUCGUUGUUCGGCAGAGAAGCAACACCAACGUUCAUGAUUUGUGGCAAUACUUGCGAUGAUGUCGACCUGGAGCAAUGGGCUUCGUGGUAGUACGAAAGGCUUGGCGUCGUCGCCGCCACCACGGUUCAUCAUAGGCCAUGCAUGCAUGCGCUUGGCGUCACAGAGGCUGUUGAAAUGAAAGUUAAAUUGGGUGUUGCUGUCACAUGACAACACUGGAUCCGAC